AUGGUGUGCCUCUCGGGAAAAGGAGGGCAUCAAUCUCCGGCUAUAGGGGCCUGGUCCUAUGCUAUAGUCCUACAAUUGUCACUAGGUUUGUAUAUUUUCUUUUCAUUUUCCAAUUUUAACGAUCUGGAGUCACUUCACCGCAUUAACAGCAUCACUGAAUUCUCUCUAAAAUCCAUUACUAAAUUUCAGAUUUUUGGAUUAAUGCAUAUAUUCCUUUCUAUUGCUACAUGUGUCCCGUUUCUUCUUGGGCAUCUGCUAUGUAAAUGGUUUCUUCUACCUAUGAUCAUAAUAAACUACCUUCAGUCAACUUUAUGUACAGUAACAAGUUGCACUUGUGGUUAUUUACUUCAAAUAGGAGCACGUACAAUUGCAGGUGAACUAAAUAAGAUUGACGUUUUACCCAGUUUUUUUUCUGAUAUUAUUUAUGAAAAUACGGACAAAUUCACUAUAGAUUUCAGGGACAAUUUAUUCGCUGCUGGUAUUAUUUCAUUCAUAGUUGGUUUCUUGUACAGGCGCGCUACUUCAUUUAAAAAGGAUACAGAUAACAUUACUGUGAUGAUAUCCAUGCCUACUCUUGCAUUGGGAUUUGCAUUAGGAUUUGCUGCUGUUAGUCCCACUUUUGAUACUACAUUGGUUGUAUCGGGGGCUAUAAUAUUAAUAGUAAGCGUUGUGGCUGAAUUUUUCACAGCUUUGACUCAAUGCCGUGUGCUAAAGCCUUUAAAUCUCGUUCUAAUGUGUUUGUAUGGCGUGUUGUGCAUUGUCUCAUUAUUUUUGUGGACUUACGCCAUCAGAAUUAUCACAUCGGGUCACAUGGAUUUUACUACACAUUCUGCAAUUAUCACAGGCAAACUUAAUAGUUUUUUCAACCAAAAUAAAUCCACGAUUGACCGUUAUGUCGAUGUUGAUCUGGCGAAGAAUUUUUUGUCAUCAAAAACGAAGGAUCUAUCGUUGGAGGCAAUAAAUUUUAUGUUGGAUAAUGGGAACUUCACGUUGUGUAUUAUUAUCAUAAGUGCUGUAGAAUUCAUAUUUUCUGCAUUUUGUGUAUUUUAUAAAUGCAAAGAUAUUUUUCAUUGUGCCGGUAUUGUGGAGGAUGCUGGAGAUAAAGUAUAG